GGGAAGACGACGGAGAGAAGGGAGACGUGGUGAAAUAAGAACCCUAUCAGGUGUGGAUCAUUAAAUCACUGGGCGUCCCAUUAACCCUUAUCCUAUCUCAAGGUACACUUAAUAACAGCAGCUAAAACAGCGGGAUAGCGUGUGAUCGCCGCUGCCUGCGGUCCGUCUGUCGAGGGAAGCAAAACAGCGGCAGAAGAAGCCAAAAGGAGGGGUCGCGACUUGCGAUGACGGAAGGGUGCAUUCGAGCAGCGGUCGACGCUAUCCAUUCCACCCCCACUAAGGCCGUCGUCUACCUCUCCGGCGGCGCUUCCCAGGCUCUCGGAUGGCUGAUGUCCCUCCCGGGGGCGUCCAACACGAUUCUUGAAGUCGUCGUCCCCUACUCCAAGAAUUCCAUGACCCAAUUGCUCGGCAAGGUACGCCUCCUCAAUCCAGCCUGUUCUUUACAUUCCUUCUUCUCUUUUUUGAUGUUUAUAUUCAUGAGGAAAUCAGGGGAAGAUUAUAAUUAUGGAUAUUCUUACGUGAUUAACACAUUUCAGUCAAUGUUUGGAAAAGCAGGUUUACCAGUUUUGGGUGUUGGAUUUACGGGGUCCUUGGCUACUACAUAUACAAAACAUGGAGACCACAGAUUUUACUUGUCUACCCGAACAUGUGAUCGUCUUUGGACAUCAAGUGUUACUUUGUUGAAGGGUUUGCGAACUCGAGAAGAAGAAGACAGGGUUUCCAGUCAUUUCUUAUUAAAGGCAAUUUCAGAUGCCUGCAAAGUUUCUGCCACUUUUAGUUCAGAAUUGUAUGAAUCUGAAGUACCUGAUGAAUAUGAAAGGCAAGUUGAUGAGGAUGAGGAGCUACAACAAAUUAUUGAUGGGAAGCUUUGCAUGAAGAUUUAUGAUUUUUCUGGCGAUAAGGACACAGCUUCAGAGAGGAUGGUGAUAUUGCCAGGUUCAUUUAAUCCAUUGCAUGAUGGACAUCUGAGACUCUCGGAAAUUGCAUCAAGGUAUUGAAAUACACUCAAAGAU